UUCACAGCGCAUGCGCCAUCUGUCAGUGACGGGCUGCUGCUGCUGGGAGCCGGCGGCGGCGGGUUGGUGAUGGCGCAGAACGGUCCGUUGGGUCCUGAUCAGAAUGAAUCGGGAGGACAAGACUCGGCUUUCCGACGGAGAAUCAGCUCGACCGACGCCCCGUCGGCGUCCGCCGGAGCUUCCUGGGAGAGACUGAGUUCGGUUCCCCGGGCGCGGCCGCGCCUCGACUCCCUGCGGAAAAACAGGCCGCCCUUCCCUUGGUUUGGCUUGGAUAUUGGUGGGACGCUGGUCAAACUUGUCUAUUUUGAACCCAGAGAUAUCACGGCUGAAGAGGAGCAAGAGGAAGUGGAAAGCCUCAAGAGCAUCCGGAAGUACCUGAUGUCAAACGUGGCUUAUGGGCAAACUGGCAUACGUGACCUCCACCUGGAGCUGAAGGAUCUGACCUUGUGCGGUCAGAAGGGAAACCUACAUUUCAUCCGAUUUCCCACCCAUGACAUGUCUGUCUUCAUCCAGAUGGCACGGGAUAAGCAGUUCUCCAGCCUUCACACGUCCUUGUGUGCCACCGGCGGCGGGGCCUACAAGUUUGAGGAGGAGUUCUUGACCGUUGGAGGACUUCAGCUUUGGAAGCUAGAUGAGCUGGAUUGUCUUAUUAAGGGCGUCCUGUUCAUUGAGUCUGUUGGAUUUAAUGGACUAUCUCAAUGCUUCUACCUGGAAAACCCAAAGGACCCUGAAAAUUGCCAGAAAAUCCCGUACACCUUGAAGAACCCGUACCCAAUGCUGCUGGUUAACAUUGGAUCAGGCGUCAGUAUCCUGGCUGUGUACUCCCAGAAUGACUACAAGCGGGUGACCGGCACAAGCCUCGGAGGUGGCACGUUUUUUGGCCUGUGCUGCCUUCUGACCGGAUGCUCCACCUUUGAAGAGGCUCUGGAAAUGGCCGCUCUGGGCGACAGCACCAAGGUGGACAAGCUGGUGCGGGACAUCUAUGGAGGAGACUACGAGAGGUUUGGUCUGCCAGGCUACGCUGUGGCCUCCAGCUUUGGGAACAUGAUGAGUAAGGAGAAGAGAGAUAUGGUGAGCAAAGAAGACCUGGCCCGAGCCACCCUCAUCACCAUUACCAACAACAUUGGCUCCUUAGCCAGGAUGUGUGCUGUGAACGAGAACAUCAGCCGCGUGGUAUUCGUGGGCAACUUCCUCAGGAUUAAUACCAUUUCCAUGAAGCUCUUGGCCUACGCGCUGGACUACUGGUCCAAGGGGCAGCUCAAAGCGCUCUUCCUGGAGCACGAGGGGUACUUCGGAGCGGUGGGCGCAUUGCUGGAGUUGCUGAACACAACCUGACAACAUGGCUGACGUCCCAGCAUCUAUUCAAAGCCAUAUCUCCCAUACUUUAUGCACUACAGACCGGCAGCAUGUGCGCAGGGUGGGCUCUGCUCAGUAGACUGUUAUUGGUGAGCACCCCUCCCCCACUACUUCUCUAGCUGCAGAGGCAGGCUCGGCGUAAGAUCAGGUGGGUGGGAGUCCAGCAGCUCGGAGCCGUUUGUACUAGCAUGCAGUAUACAUUAGGGGGCGUUCCAGUAGGGGUAAUUUACGGUAAGGCAGCAGUGGGUCAGUUGCGCUCACCUUUGGAGCCGCGUGGCCAUUGCAUUGGUGAUGGAUGCUGCUGGCAUUUUAUGCCAUAUGUUUUUUUUCCUCUUGCAAGCACCAUAAUGAUUGUAUUAUACUGUAUUUCCAUGUGAUUCAUCUGACUUUUCUUACUUAUGAUUUAUUUUUUUUAAUUAUUUUUAUACUUUGAUGAUUCCGGAUUAGAAAACAUGGAAGCUUAAAAAAACAGUGCCACCCUCAUACACAGGUUGUGUGUGGUACUGCAGUCCAGGCACGUCCACAUCAGUGAGCUGAGCUGCAGUUCCAGACACAACCUGCGGAUUGGUAUGGCGCUGUAUCUGUCAGAAAUCAGCUGUGUCUUUCUAAAUCUGGACAACCCCUUUAAGUGUAUCCGUCCAAUCCACAGCACAGUUCAGUAAACUGUAAUAUAGCCGUGUGCUUGUGGUAAUCAGUGCCUCCUGAUGUUUGGGCUGCUAGGCAGUACGACCGCUAAGUCCAGCAUCACCGCCGCUAGGCCUAAAAUGAAAGGUUUCCCAAUAUCCCCUUAUAGAGGUUAGAGGUCCAGAUCCCCAUCUAUCCCCAGACUUACAUAAUGGGCUGAGUACCUGCAGCCACCACUAGGGGGAGUUUAUUCAGCCUAUUAUUUAGAUUUCUAGGGGCCGACUCAUAGAGACAAUGCUUUCUGCAUGUAUGUAGCACUUCAAAAUCCCAUCCAGUGUAGGGCAGUGGGUGGCGCUAUACAAACUAUUCCAUUUCAGACCUGUAAGCCGAGAUGAACGGACUAAUCCGUAGCCGGAUACAGGCACGGAAAAAUGGUUUCCAUGGCUGGAGCAUUGACUUGAGAGGGUGGGGUCCGCCCAAGACCAUAGUGUUCUGGCACAGUGCACUUUAGUAGAUAGGAUUACCCCUUUAAAACUUGCCCUUCCAUAGUGCUGUGCAGAUACAGAUCACCUCUUCCCCCUCCCUGCUCCUAAAGUGCAAGUCCAUGGGCAGAUCAGUCCCUCACUGUUUCCAAGGUGCAGGUCAUGAACAGAUCAGCCCCCUCCUUGCUUCCCUAGUACCAGUCAUGGACAGAUCAUCCCCCUCCCCCUCUCUGCUCCCAUAGUUCAGUUAUGGACAGAUCAUCCCCCUCCCCCUCUCUGCUCCCAUAGUUCCAGUUAUGGACAGAUCAUCCCCCUCCCCCUCUAUGCUCCCAUACUACCAGUUAUGGACAGAUCACCUGCUCCCAUAGUACCAGUUAUGGACAGAUCACCUCCUCCCCCUCUCUGCUCCCAUAGUACCAGUUAUGGACAGAUCACCUCCUCCCCCUCUCUGCUCCCAUAGUACCAGUUAUGGACAGAUCACCUCCUCCCCCUCUCUGCUCCCAUAGUACCAGUCAUGGACAGAUCAGCCCCCUCCUUGCUUCCCUAGUACCAGUCAUGGACAGAUCACCCCCCUCCAUGCUCCCAAAGUGCCAGUCAGGGACAGAUCAGUCCCUCCUUGCUUCCCUAGUACCAGUCAUGGACAGAUCACCUCCUCCCCCUCUCUGCUCCCAUAGUACCAGUUAUGGACAGAUCACCUCCUCCCCCUCUCUGCUCCCAAAGUGCCAGUCAGGGACAGAUCAGUCCCUCCCCUGACUCCUAACAGGAGGGCUCUUGAAAUCAUGGCUGUAAGUAUCCCAGUUAUUAGGGUGUCGUGUGGAUUUGGUGGGUUCAGACACAUGUGACAACAUGGUAUUCACGCCCCAGAAAAGAUAAAGAUGGCGCCAUAUUUACCGCUUAUACUGUAUGAACAGUGGGUAUUCCUAAAUAUUCUGUACCAAAGAGAAAGCCUUUCCAGCGCACGCAGUGAUUCCUGGUAACGUCCGGAGAGUAUCUGAUAAUCCAGCAGCCAAUAAUGGUGGAUUACAGGAAUUUUACUGUACAGCACGACUGUUACGUAAUGUCAUGUAUUGUCUCUGGGGUCAGGAUGCUUGUGCUCUGCUUGACCAUAGGGGGCGCUGACUGAAAAUGCAGUAAAGCGUCUCUGUGUAGAGGCGGCCUCUGCUCCUGCCAGACUCACAGAGAUUUCUGAGCAAGUCAAAGGUGAGAAAUGCAACGCCCAUCAUGGUCCAGAAGAGCGCUACCACAGAAAUGCAUCAGUGUAUUUGUCAUGCUCCAUGUGGUGCGGGCAGUCAGAUCCUUGUUACGUUCCACUGUGCCCAGCACGGUGCCAGCGGGCACCUACCAGCUUCUUGUGUGUAUGAAACCAAUCCUUGAACUACUGGAAGAUUGAAAUUUGUAUAUUUUGUAAUAAAAAUGACAGCAUGUUUCUAAGCUC